AUGACAUGCCUUUGGGUCCUCAGUGUGAUCCUUCUCCCCUGCUCCUUGUCCUAUCCCGAAAGCUGGAUGCCCUUUGUAAACCUGACCCACCGCAUCCUACGUGAUACCAACUCUUCCUUUUUUUCCAACUGCUGGGUCUGCUUGUCCACCCAAACCCAACGGUCUCUAGCGGUGCCAGCUCCUCUGUCCACUUGGGCAGACUCACCCAUGAAGCUUCACCUUACCUACUCAGCCAAGCCCUUUCCUGCUUCCUAUCCAAUCACUGACAUCGAGAGGCGCCUCCAGCUCUUUCAUCCCUUGAGGGCCUCCUAUUCCUUCCACAAUCCUGACCGACGGGCCAUUGCUUUCCUCCAGCUCGUCAGCUCAACAGGCAUAUUUCCAAUCAUCACCCGACUCACCUCUGUGAUAUAUCCCGGCAAGGAGCGCUUCUUCGAAUCUGCCCAACGCCCUUUAUGGGGACCGCUCUUUACAGAGACCCUCCUCAUGUCACAGGCUCCUCUCUGCAUAUCACGCUUCUUCAAGGUCUCAGCUUACGCCACGUUCGUAGGCACCCUCUCUGCCUCUCUCUGCAACUACACCCUUCACCUAGCACCUUCUACUAGUCAUGAAAACCUAGAUCUGUCCACCACCCAUCCUUUCAAACAGGCAAUGAAAAGACCAGAUGCCAAAUGGAAGAAUCCGCUCCGCUUUUCCGGACCCCCCUCCCUCGUCUCCUCGGAAGCCUCUUAUUCUCCCUGUCCAACAGACAUCAAACACUGCCAUACCUCCCCAGCCACUCCCUGGAUGCGCUGUCCUCUCGUUCCCUUUGGCGCUUGCUAUAGUCUUACGCUAUUUGAAUCAGACAACUUAACCCACCCCAUUACUAUGUCAGUGGACCCUACCAACUUCAAGAUCAAACUCCAGGGUCACAGAGACCCCUAUCCACUCUUCCACUACCAGCCCCUCACAGGAGCUGCCCUGUCUGGACAAUAUUCUGUCUGGGAAAAUGAGGUCACUGUUCAAGAAAACUGGGAUGUCACCUCAAACAUAUUCUCACAACUCCUGACCUUCUCAUACUCUUUCUGUCUCAACUCUUCAGGAGUUUUCUUCCUCUGUGGAACAUCAACGUAUGUCUGUCUCCCGGCCAAUUGGUCUGGGGUCUGUACCCUUGUCUUCCAGUACCCGGAUAUUGAACUCCUCCCCGAUAACCAAACGGUGUCUGUCCCUCUCUUUGCUUCGGUUCUAUCCUCAGCCUCAGCUUCUCGCCCCAAAAGGUCUCCUCACCUCUUCCCCUUCCUUGCAGGCCUGGGCAUCUCUGCUGCCCUUGGUACUGGUAUAGCUGGCUUGGCCUCCUCAACUUUUUAUUUCCAACGGCUUUCUAAGGUUCUUUCAGAUACCCUGGAUGAAAUAGCUGCCUCUAUCACUACUCUCCAGAACCAAAUAGACUCGCUCGCCGGCGUCGUUCUUCAGAACCGCAGAGCUCUGGACCUCAUCACUGCUGAGAAAGGGGGCACCUGUCUCUUCCUCCAGGAAGAGUGCUGCUUCUAUGUAAACCAGUCUGGAGUAGUCCGGGAUGCCGCAAGGAAACUCCGAGAACGAGCAUCGAAACUUGGCGAACAUUCUGACUCUUGGGGACAGUGGCCUGACCCGGGACACUGGCUACCAUGGCUGGCUCCCUUCCUGGGACCUCUUCUCUUCAUUUUCUUCCUACUGACGUUUGGGUCUUGUCUUCUUAACUGCCUGACCCGCUGUGUGUCCCAGAGACUUGGCUCCUUUGUCCAGGACACCACCCAAAGGCAUGUGGACAGCAUCCUCCGAAAUUUCCAAUAUAAAAGACUGCCUCAGGACUCCCCAGAUGAAGAUCCCACUCCUGCGUAA